ACAAAACGGUUUUGCAUUUUAGAGCAUCAACUAACCGUCAUACGAAACUUGGUUGUUGAGACUUGGAAAAAGAGAGAGAGAGACUGAAAGAGACAGAGAGACACACUCAGGAAAAGAUUAAAUAAACUCAUCAUCACCUUCUCUUGAAAUCUUCAACCCCCACCAAUGCUGUCUCUGUGCGUUUGCCUUACUAUUUCACAUUCUCUGCCAUAUAUGAAUCUACUCAUUUCUCUUCAACCAUCCAUCUAUACUUAUGGGGAGACCCAAUUUUUUCACCAAGAACCCUGCAUCUUCCAACUCUGUUCUUGAAAAUCUCGUCAGUACACCCACCAUCCAACAAAAUGGAUUCAGAAGUUCGGUGUUUGGCCUCUUACGGCGGUUCAUGUCAGGAAAUAAAAUUGAUGGGGGUUCACGUACUGAAGAAGAAGGGAAGGUGUACUCGUGGUUAUAUGCAUUGGCCCAAUCAGAAAAAGACUUGGUGUUUGAGUAUGUUCGGUCAACUGAAAGGGGCCUGAGUUUCACAGAAGCUGAGAGGAGAUUGAAGGAAAAUGGCCCAAAUAUUCCUCUUGAACAUACUUUCCCAAGCUGGUGGCAUCUUCUGUGGAAUGCUUUAUUUCAUCCUUUCAAUAUUAUUUUGAUCGUCUUGUCAGCAGUUUCGUACAUAACCAGUGACAACCCCAAUGGAUGCAUCAUGCUAGUAUUGGUUUUCAUAAGUGUCUCCCUCCGAUUCUACCAGGAAUAUACCAGUUCAAAAGCAGCCAUGAAGCUUUCAGAAUUUGUAAGAUGCCCAGUUAAAGUACAAAGAUGUGCAGGUAGAGUUGUUCAGACUGAGUUGUUGGUUCAAGUUGAUCAAAGAGAGAUUGUAACUGGUGACAUUGUUGCUUUUGAACCUGGUGACCUUUUCCCCGGUGACGUGAGACUAUUAACUUCAAAACAGUUGGUUGUAAGUCAGUCUUCGCUAACAGGGGAGUCUGGAACAACUGAGAAGACAGCUGAUAUCAGAGAAGAUCAGAGUACUCCUUUGCUAGAUUUGAAGAAUAUUUGUUUCAUGGGAACAAGUGUGAUAUCAGGUAGUGGAACUGGUCUAGUUGUUUCCACUGGAGCCAAGACUUACAUGAGCACCAUGUUUUCAACUAUAGGGAAGCAGAAGCCACCAGAUGACUUCGAGAAAGGCAUCCGCCGUAUAUCUUAUGUGCUUAUCGGUGUUAUGCUCAUAGUAGUUACUAUUAUAGUCCUGGUUUAUUACUUUACAUCUCGUAAUCUGAGUGAGAGUAUUCUAUUCGGAAUCUCGGUUGCAAGUGCACUCACUCCUCAGAUGCUUCCUCUCAUUGUAAACACAAGUCUUGCUAAAGGAGCACUUGCCAUGGCCAGAGACAGAUGCAUAGUUAAAAGCUUAACUGCCAUUCGGGACAUGGGAUCCAUGGAUAUAUUAUGUAUUGACAAGACUGGUACUCUUACCAUGAAUCGUGCAAUUAUGGUUAAUCAUUUUGAUAGCUGGGGCUCAACCAAAGAAAAUGUCUUGCGCUUUGCCUUCCUUAACGCUUAUUUCAAGACUGAUCAGAGGUAUCCUUUGGAUGAUGCAAUUUUGGCAUAUGUAUAUACAAAUGGAUUCAGGUUUCAGCCAUCCCAGUGGAGAAAGAUAGAAGAGAUUUCUUUUGAUUUCACACGAAGAAGAGUAUCUAUUAUCUUGGAAACAGAAUUGAAUAUAAAAAAUAAGAACAGUGACUUCCUCGAAAGACUAGUGAUAACUAAAGGAGCACUAGAAGAAGUAAUAAAAAAUUGUUGUUUUAUUGAGCAUGUUGAUAGGGGUGAAGUGACAAAUUUAUCCAAAGAAGACCAUCAGAGGAUUAUAAAUAUGGGAGAAGAACUAAGCAAUGAUGGAUUACGGGUUCUAGGAGUAGCAAUGAAGAGGCUAGAUAAGCAAAUGGGUGACAGAAGUAUGGUCUAUGAUGAUACUGUUGAAUCAGACAUGGUAUUCCUUGGCCUUUUAACCUUCUUUGAUCCACCAAAGGACUCUGCAAAGCAAGCACUAUGGCAGUUGGCUGAAAAGGGAGUAAAAGCAAAGGUGUUAACAGGUGACACACUCCCACUUGCAAUAAAGAUCUGCCAGGAAGUUGGAAUCAGGACCACUCACGUUACUACAGGACCUGAUCUUGAGUUACUCGACAAUGAUUCCUUCCAUGAGAUUGUUAAAAGAGCAACUGUAUUGGCUCGUCUUACCCCAACUCAGAAACUUCGAGUGGUGCUAUCCUUGCAGACAGUAGGAGAUCAUGUUGUGGGGUUCUUGGGAGAUGGAGUGAAUGACUCUCUUGCAUUGGACGCUGCAAAUGUGGGGAUAUCAGUUGAUUCAGGGGCAUCAAUUGCUAAAGAGUUUGCUGACAUUAUAUUACUAGAGAAGGACCUUAACGUUCUUGUUGCCGGAGUUGAGCAUGGCAGACUCACUUUUGGGAACACCAUGAAGUACAUAAAAUUGUCAGUUAUUGCCAAUAUAGGAAGUAUUCUUUCAUUACUCAUAGCGACUCUGGUUCUUGGAUAUGAGCCCUUGACGCCGAGGCAGCUUCUCACACAGAACUUCUUGUACAAUGUAGGCCAGAUUGCAAUCCCCUGGGACAAGAUGGAAGAGGAUUAUGUGAGAACUCCACAGAGAGGGUCAUCAAAAGGCUUAGCCAUGUUCAUAUUAUGGAAUAGUCCUGUGUGCUCUCUCUGUGAUAUUACGACCCUUCUGUUUCUUUGUUUGUAUUACAAGGAUGUCUAUGAGAAUACUUCAUUCUUCCAUUCCGCUUGGUUUGUCGAAGGGCUUCUCAUGCAAACCCUGAUCAUUCACUUAAUUCGAACAGAGAAGAUCCCCUUUAUUCAGGAGGUCGCCUCAUGGCCUGUGAUUUGUUCUACGGUCAUAAUCUCUGCCAUUGGAAUUGUACUUGCUUCCACGCCAAUUGGGGAAGUAAUGGGGUUCACCACACUGCCACUGUCGUAUUUUGGAUUUUUGGUUGUACUCUUUAUAGGAUAUUUUUCAGUUGGCCAGAUGGUCAAGAAACUCUAUAUUUUAGCGUAUAACAAAUGGCUUUAGAUAAAAAGAGUGAACUCAUAGGAGAAUGUUGACACAAAAGAUUGCUAGAGAAACUACAACAGGAGAAAAUUCUCCAUUUUUGUAUUAUUGAAUGUUAGAGAUUGUAGCCUCAAGGUUUUACAGCAUCAUUCACACUUUGUUUUGGUA